CAAUAAGCUUUACACCUUUUAUUUUGCCAAACGGAAGUGUAGAGCUUGUACCGGAUGUGACGUAGCCCCGCCCGCCUCGUCCCACAGAGUGGAAGGCAGCAGCCGGCCAGCCUUUCAGACAAAAUCGAGGGCCGUAAUGCUGCAUCUCAUCCGACGCUGCCGCCGCGGUCCUCUGCCGAACACAGGAUGGACCGUCAACACGGACACACGCCGGACUCUGCAGCGGGCCAGGCGGCCGUCGGAGGCACCGGCGUCACGGACAGCCCGAGGGGCCGCGGAGAGUCCCUGUCGCAGUCGCGGGAAAUAAUCAAGCCCACCAUCACGGAGCUGACCAAAGAAGUGAGGACGAACAUCCUCUGCACCGUGAAGGGAUGUGGCAAGAUCCUGCCCAACACACCUGCGCUGAACAUGCACCUCGUCAAGUCGCACAGGAUCAAGGAUGGUAUGGUCAAUCCCACGGUCAGAAAGGACAUGAAGGGCUCUCAGAGACUGUACUGCUGUCCCAUCGAGGGCUGUCCCAGGGGGCCUAACAGACCCUUCUCCCAGUUCUCCCUAGUAAAACAACACUUUAUGAAGAUGCAUGCAGAGAAGAAACACAAGUGCUCCAAGUGUAACAAUGGCUACAGCACAGAGUGGGACCUAAAGAGGCACAUAGAGGACUGUGGGAAGAUGUACCAAUGUUCAUGUGGUUGCCCCUACGCCAGCAGGGCUGCUCUACUCUCGCACAUUUACAGAACAGGACAUGAGAUUCCAACAGAACACAGAAUUCCUCCAGUAAAAAAACGGAAGAUGGAGAAACUUUUAUGCGAUUCUGAAAAGGUGAAGACCAACGAGUCGACCUGUCAGAUCAUGCCUUCUACUAUAGAGCUGACAGAGACUACUCUCCCUUCUCACACAACUGUUCGCAUCCCAGACUCGCUGAGUCAGUACUCCAACCCGUGUAAGAGCCUCCAGAAGCUGCUUCUACCAAAGCCCAAGAUGGCGUUGGUCAGUGUUCCUGUGAUGCAGCUGGCUCACCUGCCUGUCCUCCUUCCAUCAACAGAAAGUGGUGCUCUGAGGUCUGUAGUGCUGGCAGUAGACAGCCACGGAUCCGUCAGCACUCUUCACCUCUUGUCGCAAGCCACCGGAGCAGUAUUACCUCAACUUGAUAGUAAGAGUCUGGGUUUCAAGGAUAGCAUGCCAACUUCCCGUUCCAGCCUGGGGCAUGUUAGCACAGGGGUCCAGGUCAGUCUGGAUCCCGUGGCUGCAGAGGUCUCACCCAGCAGCCUGGCAGGACAGCGGGGAAGAAGCACCUCCACCAACAUUCAGACAGACAAGUCGUACUUGUCGAAAAUGCCCACAGGGGUGGGUGUUGGGGAGGAAAUGGGCUUGUGCUCUGUGGGCGAGUCCUCAGUGUCGUCCUGCGCGCAAACAGACAUCAGCGUCAGUGCCCAAGUCCUUCUCCCAGUCAGUGUUGAAACCCAGACUUUCUCCUCCCAAUCCAAAGCCACAUCCUCUAUCGGAGCUCAGACAGACAGCCAGUGCCUGAGCCCAAUUCAUUGCUCGGACUCAUCUGUGCCUCCAUACAAAACCAGGCAAACACAGACACACUUUGCCACCUCACAAUCAGAAGAGAAGGCCCAGGACCAGGCCAUCAUGUGCUCUGACCUAUUUGGCAGUGACUCCUUGAGUGUCUCCACCCAGACCGCCCUGGAUAUAGAAGACACCCUCACUGCUGCAGGAAGCAGUUUAUAUGAGGACUCAAAGUCAGCAGGUGGUAUGUGUUUUGGGGUCCAGACAGAUGAGCUCAACUCAAACAACAUGGCUGACAACCAGACCCAGACCAUGACCUUGUUAAGUGACCUAGAAAAUAUUCUGUCUGACAGCAUGUCAGGCCACCAGGUUCUCACUGAAGCCUCCUCAGCCUGUGGUUCAGGUCUGGGCUCCGUUCAGGAGCAGCACAAUGGCAUAGACUUUGACUUUGAGGAGUUCCUCAAUGCCGUGCAUAUCCAGACACAGACAGAGGAAAGUGAGCUGGGAGCACUGGGUUGUGACACGCCUCUCGAGUCUCUGGACAUCCAGACCCAGACAGAUUUCCUCCUGAUGGAUGAAUUGGACCAAAGCGAGGGACCAAGUCGAACUCAAGCCAGCGACCUGGAGCUAUUUGAUACUCAAACUCAGACUGACCUCAAUUUCCUGCUGAACGCCGGAAGCCAGAUGCCCCUGAGCAGCAUCCUGCGACAUUCAAGCUUUUCGAUGAGCACAGAGUCUUCGGAUACAGAAACACAGACAGAUCUGCCUUCGUUUGCCACUGGUCUCUCUGCUCAGACCCCAGUCAGUCAGGGAGACAACGCAAGGCUCUUGAACAGCACUGAGACACAGACUGUGACCAGCCAGGCAGAAGGCCUGGGACACCUCUUCCUGACCAGCAACGAAACACAAACCGUCAUGGAUGACUUCUUGUCAGCAGAUCUUGCAUGGAAUAUGGAGUCCCAUUUCAGCUCUGUGGAAACCCAGACGUGCGGGGAGCUUUGCGUUCUCUUUCAGCACCCCGAGAAACCCAACAGUUGAAGCCCAAUCAGAGAAGCUGCCUAAGCUUUUGCAGUACAGGCAUCUGAUAUCUGCCUCUUCCUAUAAGGGGAAUCGGCCUAUGCCGUCCCCUGGCAGAUAAUAGUCUUAGCAGUAAGAAGUCUGCCUCUUUGAUCAUUCCACUGAAAGCAUCAUGUCCAGAGCCUUGCCAGGUAUAUAACCUGACUGCUCUGCUGCACUUUAUUAGCUCAGUGGGCAUGGUUUAUCAGCUCCUCUGACAGUUUACAUAUUUAUUUGCACAUAAAGUAACCUAUUGUACGUCUCUUGUCUUAAAUGCAAGUUUACUUCUAUAGUUCAGUGUAUAACCACGGUGACUGGUUUUCAACAUUGGGGUCCUGCUAGGAAAUUCAAAAUAACAACACGUAAUCAAUGUCAGAUGGUUGGCAUCGUUUCGAGUUUGGGUGACGAGAAAAUGCGGUUCAAAUGGUUUCCCUGCAUCACAGCUUACAGAUAUGCAUAUACUGCAUGAAUACAAUUUCAUCUCAGCUGUGCAGUAUACUAUACUGCACAUUUAGUAUGUUUUGAAAUGUGAACAGAGCCUUCUCUUGGUCAGCAGCACAAAUGAAAUAGAAAUUCUCAGCUUGAGUAUGUGAUGGAUCACUGUUGUUGCUCUGUACGCAGCAAUGACAUCGGCCAAGCUUUGGCUGCUUUACGCAGUGGAAUUAUUGUUAUAUGUGAAAAGGUAAACUGUCUAGACCCAAUUUUCCGGAGAUUCAUGUCUGAAAACAGCUUCGAUGUCAUCGGUGUUAUGUCAACGACACACAAUGUUGUCUUUUUAUACCAUUUUAUUUCCACUCAUAUUACAAAGCCAUCAUAAGGACUAUGAUAAUAGAUGUGAUGGUUGUACAGUACCUUCCUUUUUUUUAGGCAGUGUUGGUAAAUAUGUUAAUUGCAGAUGUAACAUUACUCAAUAGCACAUUUACAUAACAGAAAAAGAAAUAAAUUUGCUUGGCAACUCUAUAACCCCUUCUGUCUCUCCCAAAGUAGACUUGCCAAACCAGCUGUCCAUUGAGUGCAUUGCUUUUGAGUAGCAUGAUGCUUUAUGCAGAAAAACAGCACCAACAUUACAUGUAUGUUGGAAAACCACCACAUGUAUAAUCACGUGUGUAGACAAAAACCAUCACAUUCCAUAAAUAACAGUCAUUACUGCUACAGCCUUCCAGUGGUCAAGGUCACCUCCGUCUGCUUUAACAUAGGAGGGAGCUGAACAACUGCAGCUGACAAACUCUUCUGGUUUAUCAUAAGGCGUUCUAAACUUUGACCAGUGAUGAACUAGCAGCUUUAUGUUUUACAGAGUUAAGCCCCACUACGCCUUCAACAGUAAGUGAGGCGUUAAUCUAAGCUGUUAAAAUGCAUCUCCGAAAUAUACCUUCACUCAUGCAGAAGUGACACAAGUAUAACUGUAAUGUUUGUCUUGUUCGGUGACGCACUUUUCAUCUAAAUGUGAUUGUGCAGUGUGAUGUUUUGUAAGCUUUUUUGGGUCUGGGUCUCUGUAGUUGAGCAGUGAGUUCAGUCAGCAACAUAGGGUGUCAUUGUCUUUGACUUAUUCAUUAGCUGGGUGUAAGUGUAUACACCAGCAGAGCUCUGUGCUGAAGUGAUCCAGUGAUGUAGACUACAGGAUUAGCACAGAGCUAUUGUAUCUAUUCACCACCUGAUUUUGACUGAAAGGAGUCCUGCUGAAUAUCUUCCAUUCAAAUCUUUAGUUUCCACCUUUUAAGAAUUCGGACACGGUAUUUGAAUUUAUUUGAAUUAUUUAAAUCCAAUCUACAAGCAACUCAACCAAUUUGAGUUUCAUUACAUGCUGCACUAAGCACAGGCACCACAUAUGGACUGUUUUAUGAAGGAACGUUGAGCUGUAGGCCUCGUUAAUUUGUUCAUUUUGUUUCGUUGGUGCCUUAACCCGAGUAUUAACUUUCAUUACAGGUUAUUGAUUUCGAUGCUUUGAGGUUAAGAAUUAUACAAUAAUGUUUUGGUUAAUGACUGAAAAGUUGUCCGAAUCCUUUUGGUCUUUGCUUUGCAUGUGUAACAUUCUGUGGUGGUAUUUUCAUCAUAGUUGAAUCAUAGCAUGAACUAUUGGAAUGUCCCCAAUUGUCCUCCAUAGUAUCAGUAGAAAUAUUUAUGUUCUGUUACAUGGUAAAUAAUACUGUACUGCAUUUUGUUGAACACAAUUUGUUUGAUGCCAUAUUUUUGGACGUGUUGCAGUAAAUAGAUGUUUGUAGAAACUGAAGAAUGUACAGAACAUGACACUGUGCCCAAGUGUAUAACAUGUUCUAUUUUUUGCACCAUAUCCUUUGAGUUAAAGGAUACUUUUCCUGUGUUUAUUAGGAUUUCAAUACUAUUUAAUUUCAACAUUUCUCGUAUUGAGAUUAGUACUUCUAGUUUGUGGUUUCUGGAAUACAGCGUAGCUGCUCCCAGCUGGUUUAGUGGCAUGGGGUCAAUGCGUAGAAGCCUCCUCAGUCUCAAGUGUCAUCUACAGUGCUUUAUUUUCUCUCUGUAGGCAGUGCAUGCAGAUACAAAUAUUUGUUUAAAGAGUUUUCUUGCCUGUACCUGUAGGGUUAAUUGUUGCCUUGAUUACUUGUUGAAGCUACACUACAGAUGUUCUUAAUAAACUGCUGGAAAAUA